CUCACAUGGUAAUUUCUUCAAAAUAUAUCAAUAUAGGUGGUAUCAUUCAAUGGGCUCACAUGGUGACUAUUUCAAAAUAUAUCAACAUUGGCGAUAUCAUUCAAUGGGCUCACAUGGUGAUUUCUUCAAAAUAUAUCAACAUAAGUGGUAUCAUUCAAUGGGCUCACAUGGUGAUUAUUUCAAAAUAUAUCAACAUUGGCGAUAUCAUUCAAUGGUCUCACAUGGUGAUUUCUUCAAAAUAUAUCAACAAAAGUGGUAUCAUUCAAUGGGCUCACAUGGUGAUUUCUUUAAAAUAUAUCAACAUAAGUGGUAUCAUUCAAUGGGCUCACAUUGUGAUUU